AUGUCGACCUCCACCGACCCCUCGAGCGCACCAACCGCCAACUACGUUGAGACAAUAGAAUCGUCCCCUUCCCAUCACAGCGAAAGUUGCGUAGAAAUCCAAUAUGCUCCAGGACUCCUUCCCAACGGUGGUGGUCCAGCUCCCCCAGUCAUCGGCUAUCAUGCCCCCAAGACCUCAACGCUGCUGCACGGUCUGCCUUGUGUGCCGAUAGCCCCUAACGUUGGCAAGAAGAAAAGAACAAAAUCGGCUGCUGCUCCAUCGGCUGCAAGAAAGAAACCUAAGAAGCAAAAGACUGCUGCCGAUGACCUACCAACCAUAGAUCCGGAUGUAGAAGAAUUCCUGGAGAAUGAAGAAGUAGCAGAAGCUGCCGAUGACAUACCAACCAUAGAUCCGGAUGUAGAAGAAUUCCUGGCGAAUGAAGAAGUAGCAGAAGCCAUGGAUGAUGCUGCUAACAUCAUUAGUGAAACAAGGGAGCAAACACAUCCAGCCGAUCCUCCUGCUCCUCAAAGAACUCCAUCACCUCCAGUACGUCCCACUUACAAACCAAGGAAAAUGAAGUUGGCUUCUAAAAAACCACAAGCACCGACUCCACCGGCUCGUCAUUCUCCAACUCCUGUUCUCGAAUCAAGUGAGCACACUCAAUCGGCUGCAGGAAAACAUCACAUAGAGGAAGAAGAAGAAAUAGUAGCACCAGCCCCAGCUAUCCUCGUCUUAGCCGAUAUGUUCUCCUUUGGCAUCAGGCAGUUCAUGGACGAAGAAGAAGAAACCACAAGCAAAGCCUUGGUACCUCUAGCCGAUGAUGUAAAAGCAACCCUGUUGGACAUUUCAAAACGGCUGGAAGGCUCUUUGGAAACUCUGGUAACCAGCUGUGGAUCCAUUAGAGAUAGAUUUCAUGAAGUCCAUGAUAAAACUCCAGACGAGUUAGCCGAUGCCAUUACCCCAGCGGCAUACCUUGAGCAACAUUGGCUCAAACUCGAGAAAGCCAAAUAGAGGAUUGCCGAUCAUCGUGAGAGAAGGGACCUUUAGGCGACCAUCCAAGUUAGCAGGGAUUCUAUCAACAAAUAGAAAGCCAAACUUGAUGAAUUAGAGGCCGGUCCGAGUUCUACUCAAACUAACAUCAAUCGGCUGAAUGCCCGGAGGAUAGAGCUCUUGGCUGAGUUAGAGCAAUGUAGUGCAUAGAUUGCUCUUGAAGAACAAAAAGCUUGCCGACUUGUCAAAAGCCAUUGAAGAUCAAAAGUCAAAAUUAAAAGCAUCUGUCAAGCACUUGACCGACCUGUCCAAAUCUCUGAAGGUGAUCUCAAGCACUGAUGCAACCGAUGCCCAAAUAAUAGAUGAAGUAGAUCAGAUUAGGCAAAAGGCAAUAUCGGCUAUCAAAAAUAUGUGUCUGGACGAGCUAAAUCUUGUAACUUCAAUUUUAAAUUUGCAAACUUUUGGGAUGUAAUGCAUUCCAAGUUUAGAACUUUUGCCUUUUGUUUUUGUUUUUGAAAUCCAUGUUUCAUAUAUAUAUGCCUCCCUAAUUUUGCAAUGUUGAAGACAUUGAUAAAAUUAUAAUUUAGACUAAGGGCGAUAUAUCAAAUAUCGGCCAUCAUAC